AUGGCCGGAAAAACGGUCCGGGUAACCGCCGCGAUGGAACGGCUGACCGUUCACCGAGCGUCCUACCGACCCGUGCCGAUACCGGCGUGCUGCCGGUGGACCCCGGCCGCGGCCAAACGAAGCGGCGCAGCGUUCGAAACGGACACCGUGCACGGGCUCGCUUAUCGACCGCGGGACCCACAGGACCCGAUCAAAUCGGCGCGGCCCCGGGACCACGGAUUUCUGGACGGCGACGGACUGUCCCGGUUCCGGUGCACGUUGUACAGGUCGGACUAUACGACGAAAAACGGACGACCGGGUAAUGGAAAUCGCAGUAACCGUUUGUCGAACGCGGUGCGGCGCCCGUGUAUGAUUCUGUGGACGUGUGACCGUAGGCGAAAUCACGAGGAGGCCCGAGGGGGGGGGGGGUGUGAUUCUCUCGGUAGCUCUUUUUAUUUUAUUUUUUUAUUAAAACGUUAUACCGUUCGACCACUAGGUGCGCGCGAAUACGCGUUCUCUAUUUUGAAGAAAAUCAAAACGCACCCGCGGGAUACAACGCCGGAGGCAUAUUUCUAAUUGAAAAUCGGAACACCGUACGGACAUUGCGGAGUCGAUAGCUAAAUGCUCCGUUCGUUAAAAUCGAUUUCGCGAAUCGGUUGUGCUGGUCGUCGUCCACAGAAACGUACCCGGUGAUCGACGGCGAGUAGGUGGCUGAAUUAGACGGGUCCGAGACCACAGGAGAAUAAUUAUUUUGUUUAAAACGCGCGACGUUGCGACGCUCGCGACGGUUCGUAUUUUUUUCUCCCAAACGACUCUGCCCAUCUCUCUCAUUCGAAACACGCCCCGGCCAAUGAGUUCGCAUCCCUCCCGCCACCCCGCCUACCCCGCCUUCUAUAACAUUUUCAAAAAUCGUCCGUCCAGCCCGAAUCGCGCCGUCGCGUACGCGUGUGCCGAUCUAUUGCCGCGCGGUACAACCGACGGAACUAAUCCGUUUUGAACGUUUACAACGUUAUUGUUACCGUGGUUUUUGUUGUUGCGACGUUAGCCCGGCCGAACCUGGCGGUGAGGUAUUGGUGCACCAGAACGCCGGUCCAAACGGACACGACCGCGGGCACCGCGUACCGUCCGCCCGCGCCGAGGCCGCAACUCUGGCGUUACACCCAGAGCGCGUACAGGGAACCGUCCAGGCCAAUGGAAACGUCGUCGGUGCAGCAGUUGAGCUACAGGCCGGCGGUGCCCGGAGCCUGUUGCAGAACAAUACCGGCGGCGGACCGUUGCGGGAAACGCGGCGCUCCCGUGGACGAGUCGCCGGCGAAGACGCGGGCGCCCGUCGAAAGCAUCACCACUUACACGUCCGGAUUUCGCGCGGCGCCGCCGGCGGUACCCGACCAAUGCGCGCGGAGUAGGAUUUCCGAAUACCGUGCGCCCAGAGCCCACAACUAUUCCGCCGGGAUAAAGACAACGAAGCGGUGCAAAUAA